AUGCGGUCGUUCUGGACGGAGUUUCUGACCGCGGCAGCGAGUCACCCGUUCCCGGCGAUACCCGGUGACAUACUGACUCCCCUCGACUUGGAGCGCACCCCGUGUGUUUCGUCUGAUUCUUUGUGGCUCCUUGUGAAAUGUGAGAUUUCGCGUCGACGUGUGUUCGUUAUGAGGAUAUCGUCGCUUUCGUGGUCUCGGACUGCCGAGUGUUUGAAGGAGUGCGCGUGGCAGUCCCUAUACUGUGGACUUGAGGCCUGCCAGAAGCUAACAGCCGCCCAUCACUUGCUGUCGCAGCCCUACCCGUCUAUCGAUGUCGUCAUCGCCGCCCCCACGAUCGCUAGACACCGU